CUAUAUUUUUUUUUUAUAAAAAAAAGGCAGCCUUGGUAUGAGCCAAGCAUUUCCCACCAAAUACAAAUACAAAGCAUAAAUCCAUAACCUUUUAGAUUACUUGGAAGAACAACAUACGAUGGAUGAAGAUUUCGCGCCAUUGGUCGAAUGGACUCAGGACCUCUCCAAUCAUGUUCUCCUCAUUCAUUUGCCAGGUUUCAAGAAAGAAGAUAUCAGGGUGCACGUUGAGAACUACGGGAGGAUACAAGUCAAGGGCAAAAAACAUGUAAUUGUAAGCAAGUACGUCAACUUGGAUCAAUCUUUCAUUGUGCCUCAAGAUGUCGUCCAUGAAAAGAUUUUUACGAGACUCGAGGAUGGGAUUCUCUUCUUGAUCAUGCCGAAGGAGGUGAAAGAAUCAGAAGUAACUCGAAAGGCUGUCUUCAAAAGUGAAUGGCUCGAUUAUGUGCCUACCGAUCGUAUGUUGGAGAAAGUUAACAGAAACAGAAAGGUUAUUUCUGUGGCUGUUGUGGCAUUCUCUGUUGGGCUCUAUGUUUCUCAUAAGCUGAGAGCAAGUGGAAGAUGAAUAUCUCUAUGUAAACAUAAUCUUGUGAUUUUAGAUUGUCAACUGUUAAAAACUUGUGCCUUAAGAUGA